ACACACACACACGCGCACACACGCACACACGCACACACGCACACACACACACACACACACACACACACACACACACACACACACACACACACACACACACACACACACACACACACACACACACACACACACACACACACACACCCUGAACAUAUCAUCUUGUUUGCCCACACGGUCUGAGUGUUUCUGUCGCCGCUCGGCUCAGUCGUUGGCUCGUGCGCCUUUACGCAUGCGUGUGUUUGUUUGUUUGUUUGUUUGUAAGCGUUCUCUCUCUCUCUCUCUCUCUCUCUCUCUCUCUCUCUCUCUCUCUCUCUCUCUCUCUCUCUCUCUCUCUCUCUCUCUCUCUCUCUCUCUCUCUCUCUCUCUCUCUCUCUCUCUCUCUCUCUCUCUCUCUCUCUCUCUCUCUCUCUCUCUCCUUCUCUCUCUCCCCCUCUCCCUCCCCCCUCUCCAAGCAACCCGUACCGUUCGGCGCGUGUUCAUUCUUCUUCUCGCAGCGCGCAGAGGAGGAGAGGAGGCUGUUGGUUUCCUGCCGGCAUGGAGGCGCUAAAGGAGCCGCCGCACGCGCGUCGCUCCUCCUCGUUCAGCAUUCACAGCCUCCUGCGUGCAGACCGCGCGGACCGCGGGGAGCACGCGGCCCGCGGCCCCGACACGCCGUCACCGCGCGCCGCCUCGCCCGGGACGGUGGACGGCUCGUGCGCACGGACCCCGGACAAAGCAGACCGCGAGGAAGAGGAACAGGGCGAUGAGGAGGAGGAGCGCACGGAGGGGGAGGACGGCUGCGCGCGAUGCACCGAGGAUGACGACGACGACCUGCCGCCGUCGGAGAAGCGGGGCCCCGGUACCGUGACCGGGACCGGGAAAACCGACAAACCGCCGUUCAGCUACAACGCGCUGAUCAUGAUGGCGAUCCGCGGGAGCCCCGGGAAGCGGCUCACGCUCAACGGCAUCUACGAGUUCAUCAUGAAGAACUUCCCGUACUACCGGGAGCACCGGCAGGGCUGGCAGAACUCCAUCCGCCACAACCUCAGCCUCAACAAGUGCUUCGUGAAGGUCCCGCGCCACUACGACGACCCGGGGAAGGGCAACUACUGGAUGCUGGACCCCAGCAGUGACGACGUGUUCAUCGGCGGGACCACCGGCAAGCUGCGUCGGCGCUCCGCCACCUCGCGCGGCAAGCUGGCCAUGAAGCGCGGGCUCCGAUUCGCGCCACUGAGCCUGGGGAUGAGCGAGCGCGCAAGCAGCCCGCUGUACUGGCAGCUGUCCCCGUUCCUGUCGCUGCACCCGCACCACGCGCACUUCACCGGCGCCCCCGCGCCCCCCCAUGGCUUUCUGGGCCAGGCGCACGCUGGCUACGGGUCGCUGCUGCCGCCGGUGGAGCAGCUCGGGAACGGAGACCUCUCGCGCCCCGGUCCGCUGGGCAUGACGAACGGUUACGGGAUGGGCUCGUGCUCGCCCCCCGUCGGGCUGCUAUCCGGACAGACCACCGGAUAUUACGUCUCCGGGAACCAGCACGCGCCGCCACCGUCUCACCUGCCGCAGGGCGGCCACGCGCCGUUCGGCGGCCUCACGAGCGGCUCGCAGCUCACGGACCCGCUCAGAUCCACAACUCUCCCGUCCUUUUCCCCGGGAGGCUCGAGCGGGUUCCCCGGUGUGCUCUCCCACCAGAAGCGCGUGACGCCGAACGCGUUCUUAAACUGAACCUCCGCACGACCCGCCGAGGACGCACGCAGCGCGCGGAAACUAGAGGGCCGAUAGGAGGGGUAACACUGAGUAACCCCCCCCCCCCCCCCCCACCAGAGGGGUCUGUGGGACAGAGGGGUUGAGGUAA